ACCUCUAGGCCACGAGAGCCCCCGAUCUACUUCUCGUUUCGUUACUAUCGUACCAAAGAUUAUGGAGAAUCUAAAUACAUAGGCUGCUCAAGUGAUCAUACGAGCCUAAAGUGCCAGCUAGGUUAUUAUUAUGUGUCGGAAACGCGUCGGCGAUCAUGUUUGGCCAUUCAUUUCUUUGCACGGAUAAUGCUCUCAGAAAACGUAUCGUAUCUUGGUCUUUCCAGGUUACCAUAUCCUGCUCAGGUUAUCCAAGUAUAUUUUUUUAAUAUUUUGUAUUUUGCUUAGGUCAAUCCAUGCCUCGUUUCUUAUACACAUAAUAAUCAACACUCACUCACAGCAAACCUGGAAAACGUCGAGAUUUGUUUCGCUGAACUGCAGCCGUUUUGACAAGACCGCUUUUUAAAAAUCCACAAGUUUAUCUUUUUACUUUUCUUUCUCUUCAACCACAACAACAUGGCGGAACGACGCGUUAUGCCCGACGAUUUGAAGAAUAUUGAAUUCGAAACAAGUGAAGAUGUUGAUGUCACACCGACGUUUGAUCAUAUGGGCUUGAGGGAAGAAUUACUGAGAGGGGUAUAUGCUUAUGGAUUUGAAAAGCCAUCUGCCAUUCAACAGCGAGCAGUGAAGCCUAUCGUCAAAGGCAGAGAUGUCAUUGCCCAAGCUCAGUCAGGAACAGGCAAGACAGCUACUUUCUCCAUCUCGAUCCUCCAGUGUUUGGACACUCAAAUCAGAGAAACACAGGCCCUUAUUUUGUCACCCACCAGAGAAUUGGCCAAUCAGAUUCAGAAGGUGAUUCUGGCUCUCGGGGACUACAUGAGCGUCCAGUGUCAUGCAUGUAUUGGUGGCACAAACGUUGGGGAUGACAUCAGAAAAUUGGACUAUGGUCAGCACGUCGUGUCAGGGACUCCAGGCAGAGUGUUUGACAUGAUCAAAAGGAGGAAUCUUCGGACUCGCUCAAUCAAGCUUCUCGUGUUGGAUGAAGCUGACGAAAUGUUGAAAAAGGGCUUCAAGGAACAAAUUUAUGAUGUCUAUCGCUACUUACCACCCGCCACACAAGUUGUUCUCAUUUCUGCUACACUGCCUCAUGAAAUUCUGGAGAUGACCAACAAAUUCAUGACAGAUCCAAUCCGUAUCCUGGUCAAACGUGAUGAGUUGACAUUGGAAGGCAUCAAGCAGUUUUUUGUGGCUGUGGAGAGAGAAGAGUGGAAGUUUGACACACUGUGCGACUUGUACGACACACUUACGAUCACACAAGCUGUCAUCUUCUGCAACACCAAAAGGAAGGUGGAUUGGCUGACAGACAAGAUGAGAGAAGCAAAUUUCACAGUAUCCUCCAUGCACGGUGACAUGCCACAGAAGGAGAGGGAGACCAUCAUGAAAGAAUUCAGAUCAGGAGCAAGUCGAGUGUUGAUCACGACAGACGUAUGGGCUCGCGGCAUCGACGUACAGCAAGUGUCACUGGUCAUCAACUAUGAUUUGCCCAACAGCAGAGAGUUGUACAUUCACAGAAUUGGUCGAUCAGGUCGUUUUGGACGUAAAGGUGUGGCCAUCAACUUUGUGAAAAAUGAUGACAUCAGGAUCUUGAGAGAUAUUGAACAGUACUAUGCCACACAGAUUGAUGAAAUGCCCAUGAAUGUUGCUGACUUGAUCUAAGUCUGAUCUGAAGUGUUCGACCAAAUGUGGUUGCGUCUGAAAGAUGUGUCCACACUAAGCUCAGCAAGCCUCUUGAAUUGAUGAUGUUUUCGACUUCCAAUAACAAAUAGUCCACUUUGAUAUUGUGUUACUUCUUGUUUAUAUGUUUUACAAUGAUGUUCACAGUCUUUUACAAAAUCCAGUUCGUUUUGUUUAAGAGAUUAACAGAAUGUGUGGGAUGUUGGAGUUAGGAUCUAUUUUAUCAGGGUUGAAAUAUAUUUAUUUGUUUUAAUAAACUGAAUGAUGUAAUGAAACCAAGUUGGUUUUUUACAAGAUAACUUGUGAAUAUUUUGGAUUAAGGUAUAACAACUGGUAAUUUUCCUUUUUUCAGUGGUGUAUUGUUUGCGACAAACAUAGAUUCUUAAUGUUUUAGUGUUAUUGAUGACAUUGGCUUGGACAUUGGGCUGGUGUAGUGGUAUUGGAAAUGCAGCACACUGUGAAUAUAAUGAUGAUGCUAAUGUUUCUUAUUCUCUGAGUAAAGUUAAUUUUUAUGUUAA